AUGACUACAACACAUAAUCUCAACGUUUCAUGGAAGCUAAUGGAUCUAAAUAUACCCGCCGAAUUUGAAGAUGAUUUUUCCGUUACAUAUCAUGUACCCGAUCUUAAUCUUGAUUCAACCACUCCAAUAGAUGAGACAUCUUCGGUAAGUAAUUUUUUGUUAGAUUUAAACAAUGAGCCAAAUGAGGAAGAUACACCAUUUGAGGAAGGACCACAAUCAAUACGUGAAGAAUCGAGUAUUAUCAGUGUUGAUAAUGAAGUACCACAACCACCAAGGGUCAAAAGAGAGUUGAGCAAUGAUGAUUGUAAGGCAAUAUAUGAAGCACUACUAAAAGAAAGUGUAAGGAGCACAAAAAAUAGUGGCAACACGUUUUUCAGUUUCAAAGCGAACAGUUCGACGUAUUUAGAAGCAAUCCAGUUUCGGCGUUUGAAGGAGAAAAAAAUAAGAAGGCAUUCAAGUGCUAUUAAAUCACUUUUGUCAGAAUGGUGUUACAUGACAAGAAAAUGUGAGCGCUAUUAUUUAUUACCAAAAGAAGAAGAUCUAGUGCGUACUUGUAAGAGCAAAAAUUAUAUUGAAAAAGUCAUUUUUUUAGCUGCUACAGCCCGACCAAGGUUUGAUUCUAGAGGAAAUGAAUUAUUUUCUGGAAAAAUUGGUAUCUAUCCAUUUAUCACACAUCAAGCAGCAAAAAGAGAUAGUGUCAAUAGAGUUGCAGGCACACUAGAGACAAAAUUAAAAACUUCAAUAAACAAAGACGUUAUGAGGUCAUUUUUAAUUGAAAAAGUCAUUCCUGACAUUAAGAAAAUAUGGACGAGAGAGGACUCUUGUUAUCCGAUAUUUAUUCAUCAAGAUAAUGCCAAGCUACACAUCCGUUAUAAAGAUGAAGAAUUUCAGCAAGUCGCACAACAAGAUGGAUUUGAUAUUCGUUUAAUAUAUCAACCUCCUAAUUCUCCUUAUCUGAAUGUGUUGGAUCUUGAAAUUUUUAAUGCUAUUCAAUCAUUACAACAUCGGGAGGCGCCAAAAACUAUGGAUGAGCUUGUUAAUGCCGUUAUUAAGGCAUAUGAAUUGUUUCCAACUGAGAAGAUCAAUCGAAUUUUUCUAAUGCUACAAUCUUGCAUGGUAGAAAUUAUGCGAGUGAAAGGUUCUAAUAAGUACAAUAUUCUGCAUAUAAAAAAGGCAAUGUUAGAGAAAGAAGGUCAACUUCCUAUUCAACUAAAAUGUGAUCCAUAA